AUGGAAGUGAAAAACAAAGCGAGGUCAUUUCUCGGGGUUAUUCUGACCGACCCCUCAUUGAAAAGGUUCCUCAUUUUUAUCCUAGUCUCAGGAAUAAUCUGGUGUUUACCCCUCUAUAAAGUGCUGAUCUAUGUUUUUCAAAAAAAGCACUCCAACUUGUCUUCAAUUGAUGACAAAAUUUACGAAUACUUUACAAACAUCUCAGUCAUUGUUACUUACUACUACUUUUUGUGUGUGACGAACAUUGGUGGUACUUCCAAAGGGGUGAUGAAAAAUGCCCAUUUGUUAAGAGGAAAAUGCGUUAUUGUGACGGGAGGGUAUAAAGGAAUCGGGCUAGCCACCGUGACCGAAUUUGUGAAGUUCGGGUGCGAAGUCGUUUUGGCCUGCCGAUCGGUAGAACACAUGGAAUUUGUGAAGACGGACUUGUUGACCAGAUAUCCCCACGCCAAGAUCCACUGUGUGCAACUUGACUUGUCAAGUUACAAAAGCGUAGAAAGCUGUGCCAAUCAGAUACUCAGCAAAUUCCCCAAAAUAGAUAUACUAGUCAACAAUGCGGGAAUUGUGAGUAAAAAGCUUGAGUACGUAAAUGGGCUGGAAAGGACCUUCUUCAUUAACUACCUGGGCCACUUCUACUUAACCAAAUUGCUUCAUAAGCGAAUCGUAGCAUCGGACACGCUGGUUGUAAAUCUCAGUAGCAUAGCGCACAGUAUGUUAAAAGAAUCGGAUGUGAAGUACGAUUUUAUAUGCGAAAAAAGCUCCACGAGGAAUACCAACUCUAAUUUGCUGUACCGACGGGAGUACAACUUUUCCAAGCUCUGCAUGCUUUACUACACGCAGCAGUUGCAGAGGAGAUUUGAGAACGAAAAAACCAAGGCGUGCACCGUAUCCAUUAACCCAGGACUGGUGCGCACUGAUCUGUUCCGGAACGAAGAAUGUUGGUUCAGGGCAUUGGCCAAAAAUUUAAUUUUCUCUAAAUCCCCCCUGCAAGGCGCCCAGACCAUUUUAUAUGUGUGCCUUCUAGAUCGAGAGAAGCUGGCCAAGGGUUCGUACUACUCCGACUGCAAAGUGGACUAUGUCAGGAGCUAUGCGCUGGACCUGCAGAAGUCCGAGGAACUGUGGAGCUUCUCAGAAAAAAUGCUCUCAAAUAGGUGA